UCAAUAUGACAGUAUGUACAUAGAGAAUCACAUGGAUGUGCUUGGGAUAGGAAAAAGGGUAUGUAUAAUAUAACAAAAUUAUUUUAUUUAAUUUGAAAUAUGAAUAAUUCUUACAUUCUUAUCAGGAUUAUUAUCUGCCAGGACUCUAGAUAUCAAUGAAGUCAUUGUACUUUUACCAACUCCACCUUUGCCGGAUAAAAUCAGGAUUUUGUGUUUGACAUUAGACAAUUUUUCUUUAAUCAAUUUUAUAUCAGGAUCUGGUUGUUUCGUUGCACCUGACGCACAUAAUACUUGAUUUGGACAUCCCGCACAAGCGGAUGCUUUACCGGCAUGAUCACUUUGUGUACCAGGACAAUCUGCAAAUAUUCUGAUAAUUUUCUGUCUCAUAAGCGAAAAUUCUUUUUAAGGGAUUUCGAUAUGAAAAUAAUUAAAAAAGAAAAGAAAAGAAAAGAAAAGAAGAAAAAAAUUGCACAAUAGCAAUGGACCUUUUUAUAUUUGUAAUAGUUUUUAUAUGAAUCACUUUUGCGUCAUUGAUUGAAAUUAUUAAACAGAAAGGGAAAAAAAAAAAAAAGAAAAAACGAAUUUCAGACAAAAUUCUAACCUUUAAUUUAUUUUUAUGAUCAAUGACAAUAUAUUACUAAUCGAGUUUGUAUUAUAAUACGAUACGUACAUAAUAGAUAUGACAAUUAAAAUUGCAAUAAUUAAUGUAAAAUAUAAAAUUAUAAUAACUGAUAAAUCUAUCUUACGUUCUGGUGCUGUACUUGGUACGUCUGCCAUGUUGAGAAAUAUCAUAAAUACUGAACCAUUAUACGCGCGCUAAUCAAAAUGAGAGGUUAUAAUAUAAAUUUAUUAAAAUUCUUUACUUUUUUUUUUUUUUUUUUUAAUAUAUCACAUAAGUCAAUAGAUUUCAAAAGACAUUCCUUAAUAUUUUAUUCUUAUAUCAAAGAGUGUAAAAUUGUGUAAAAACAAUUACAGCCAUGGAGUAUUGUUGGUACAUCGAUGCCAUACAUGGAAUCAAAAAUUCCUAUCCAUGUAAGCGAUUACAGUCGUACACAUCAUCUAUUACCUUGGAGACCUAAUACAGGAUUUGAAAAUAUUGAAGUUAUACCAUUGACUAGAAAAUGUAUAUCAAAUUAUCCAUUGGAUGCAACUAGUGGUACUAUGCACAAGCCAUUAAAGUUUCCUGAUUUAGUAACAGGAUGUCAUAGAGAUUCUGUGCAUGCAUCUAGAGCAGCACUUUAUACAAGAUAUACACCAAAUGAAUGGUUCCAAAAACAAAUUAAAUAUUAUAAUGAAGCAGAUUCUAAUAGACACUUAUCAGAAAGAUUGAGAAAGGAUGCUUUAAGAAUAGUUAGAAAUGCAGAAGAGAAAAUACAAUAUGGGCAAUUAGAUACUGGAAGAAGAUUGGGUGAAAGAAUAAAUGAUGUAUCCUUUUGGCGAAAUGAAAUUGUUUCAGAAUUGGAAAGAUUACUACAAGAAAUAGAAAGACUUCAGGAUUGUCGUUCUGUUUUAGAUAAAGCAAUAAGAGAUAUUGAUGGACCAUUACAUAUUGCAGAAGAAUGUCUUUAUCAUAGAGAAGCAAGAAAAGGGACAGAACUUGUUCAUGAUGAAUCAGAAAAAUGUUUGCUGAAAGAAAUAGAAAAUUUAAAAAAUUGUCAAAGAAAUUUAGAUGUAUGCCUAGAUAAAUGUAAAGAUCAGUUGCGAAAUUGUAGAGCCUCACAAAAUCAAUUGGAAUUAGAUUUGAAAAACAAAGAAAGUGCAUUAGGUAUAGAUAUGAUGUGUCAUCAAUUGAAUAAUUAUAGCCAUGGACUACAAUAUUACACUGGAAUUGAAAAAUAUGAUCCUUGUCUCUCAGAACAAGAAUGUUGGGCAGAGGCAGCAAAUCGCAUAAUACAAAAAUCACAACACGAAAGAAAUAUGUCUAAUCAGUUGCGAACAACUGCAGAAGCUCUUAUAAACAAAGUGGCUCAAGAAAUGUGGGAUUCAUGGAGUACUACAAACAGUGCUUUGACGCAUAGAUCUUCUGAAUUACUUGAAGCUAAAAAUAAACUGCAACAACAUUUACAAAAGGUACAACAGGAAAUAUUUGAUGUUGAAAAAAAUAUGGAAUUAAUGCGUAAAGCUAUUGCUGAUAAAAGUCAUGCCAUUAAAGUUGCACAUACGAGAUUAGAGGCCAGAAUGCAUCGUCCAGAUUUGGAAUUAUGUCGCGAUAAUGUUCACUCAAGCCUUCAAAAAGAAAUUGAUGAAAUAGAUCAUCAAGUAAAACGUAUGCAUAAAGCUUUGAAAGAACUUGAGGAUCAACAUCAAAGAUUGUUGAGAACAAGGACUGCAUUGGAACAUGAUCUAGCUCUUAAAAUAGAUGCAAUAUAUAUUGAUAGAGAAAAGGUUUGCGGCCUAAGACGUGCAUAUCCAGUUAAUGCAUUAUUUAGAUUUUAAUUAGUAGUAAUAUAUAUAUAUAUAUUUAAAGCUUUAAGCACACACACAUAAUUAUUUAUUUAU